AUGCUGCCAUGCAACCACCCCCUGUGCCGAGGCUGCGCUUCGCAGUGCUUCAAGGAGAGCCAGCGAUGCCCUCAAUGCAUGACCCCCAUCCCCAACCUGCGGAUGCUCCAGGGGCGAAACAAGUGGAUCGUGCACAUGGUCGACAAGCUAAAGAACUCUAUCAACGACGUUGGGGUUAGCCUCACGCAGCACUCGCCAGUCCCAUCCAAGUACCGGGACAACCCGUCACCAAAGUCGGGGGCCGCGGGCAAGGCUGCGCGCGAGCGAGCGCGGGCGCGGGCGCGGGCAUCCACGGGAGAAGCCGGUCUUCCUUCGGCGAGCUGCGGGAGCGGAGGCGGCGGGAGCGGAGGCGGCAGCCGCGGGCGAGGAAGGCCAACGAGAAGGGCCAACGCCGGCGCGAGUAGAGGGGGGGCGGCGGCGGGGGGGGCGUUUACGGAGGUGGCACCGACAUCAUCGCCGUGGCCGAACGACGACGACGGCAACGGUGCGAUUGUCCCCUCCGCUCAGCUACCGCCACCGCCACUGCCUCCUCAGCAGCCGUUCGUUGUCGGAGACCUCGUGCUGGUGGAGUCCCGCACGUGGCCGGGCAUGAACAAGCACGGGGGGGUGGGCUUGGUCGUCGCGGUGCUGGACCCGCCCGGCUCCCGCUAUGACGUUAAGUACACGGUCGGUAACAAGACCGACCGCGGAAUCGAGGCGCGAUUCGUCCACGCCCACGCCUUCCCGGAGGAGACCGUCGGGAGCCGGUCGCGCCGUGGCGGCGCCGCCGGCGCCGGCGAUACGCGCGCAAGGCGGCGCUCAGGAGGACGCGGCGGCAAGAGCGGCAGCGUUUCCCCUAGGGGGAGGUCGCCAGUGAUUGGCCCCGCCGCCGCCGCCGCGGGCGGUGCGAAGCCUACCGGAAGCAGCCGCAGUGGCGUUGUUGCCCUCGACUCCACCACGGCCGCUGCUCUGCUGCCGCAACGGGCACCGUCUCGAACUCCCAUCUGCGAUGGCGGUGGAGCCGCCGAAGAGGACGGCCCCGAGAGGGAUCGGGCCCCGGGUGUGGCUGCUCCUGUUGCGCUUGCGGCGACGUCUACCACUUCACGCGCUUCUUCUGCGCCCGCGGGUUCCCCUCCUGCCGGUACUGGCGAUGAUUCGGCGGGAAGCAGAGGAGAGGAGGGACGUGGAGCAGAUGCUCGACAUCGAGACGGUGCCGACGACGAGCAUGGCCACAACGAUGCUAGAGAGGGUUCGUGUCACUCAGAUAAGGCAUCGUCUGAAAACGGCGGUGGGGAGGGCUUAGGGGAGGAAGACUCCGAAAACAGCCAUGAUAUUGACGAUGAGAUCAGCGACGACGACGACAACGACAACGACUCAGACUACGAAGAUCUCGACAACACCGCCCCACACCCGAGAGAGAAAGGAGGAGGAGAUUGCGAGGAGGAUGGUCGUAGUCAGGAGGAGGGAGAAGGAAAACAAGUAGAGGGCGGCGACGGAUCUGAGGCAAACCCUGUAGAGCUGCUGCUGUCUCCCCCCGAGAGGGAAGAGAGCGAGCGAGAGCAAGAAGAGCGAAGGAAGACUGACGUUGGCAGCAGUAGCGACAGAGCAGUACCGCUAUCGCCGCCGGCUAGCAUCACCGGGGGCUCAACGGAAGAAACCGUGCCCCCACUUUCACCCACGUCUCGGCAGAAUCUCCCGUGGCGCUCGCGGGGGGGUGCCGCCGGACCCGACGGCGCGGGGCACCGUGGGCGGCGAGAUCCUCCCCUCCCCCCGCCCCCGCCCCCGCCCUUGUCGAGCGACUGCGGCGCGGGAGAUCCGACGACGCUCACAAGCGCUGCGGAAGGGCUGGUGGCGCUAGCUUCGACCGGCAACCGCGGCGGCGGCAGCUGCACCCCGCCGGCAGGCGAUGUCCAGGAAGACGCAGAGGAAGACUCGAGGAUGGACGAUGUCGGGGUGGACGACCACCGCGAAGGGGACACGCCGACAACAACGCCGGUGUCGCACCAGGCACCGAGAAACCCCCCCUCAUUAGGUCAAACCAGCAGCAGCGGCGGCCAUGAAUUUGCGCCGGUUAGGAAAGGGCCCCCCGUUUCGCUUGCCGCCGCCGCCGCCACCGCCCCCGCUGCGCUCGAGACCGCGGAGGCCUUGCUCUCGAUGUCCCCUUCCGUGCGCCACGGUGGUGGUUCUCUCGAGCAUCACCGCGAUGGCGGCGCACCUCCCGUUCGACCGACGAGUAGCGUCAGCAGGCGGGACGGUGAUGACGUCGCCGUUGCCGUCGGUGGUGGUGGUGGUGGUGGUGUCUCGAAACCGCCGGUACCUCCCGCACAAGAAGAAGCCAAGGAAGAAGAGCGUGGAGCUUGUGAUGACCCCGUGGGCACUCCGAACAGCACGGCAUCAUUGUCCCGGCGGCUCGGACCCGGAAGCCCCUCAUCAGCGACCGGCUUGCUACGGACAACGCGGCGGGCAAUGCCACCGCCGCCGCCGCCGCCGCCGCCGCCGCCGCCGCCGCCGCCGGCGUCCUACCGCUCCCCGACCUUGGCGCGACCUCCGAACGCGUCGUCGUCGUCGUCGACGCCUCCUCCUCCUGGCCCGUUGCCGUCGCAAACGCCUCCGGCGGCGGCGGCGGCGGCGGCGGCGGCGGCGCGGCCGCCCGCCACCCCGUCGUUCAAGGCGGGCGAUUUGGUCAGCGUACCCUCCCGCUCCUCCCCCGGGGUUAACAAGGAAGGCGGCGUGGCAAAGGUGACGCUCGUCCGCCCGAACGGGACGUGCGACGUCAAGUACAUCGUGCACCAUGGCAGGGAGAAAGGCGUGCCGGCCGGCAUCAUUUCCUUCUAUGCGGUGGAUGACGACGACAACGACGAGGAGAGCACCAGCGCUGGUCGUGGUGGCGGCGACGGUAGGCGCGAACGCGGGGGAGGGGGGCGGGGUGCCGUUGCCGCCGGUUACUCGGGGUCUUCGUCGCGGUCUUCUACGCCGGCGUCGAAGGGGGCGCCGUCGUCGUCGUCGCGCGUGCGCAGGACGUCUCGCAAGGGGUGGUGCUCGCCGGACCUGGCUGCCGGCCAGGCCUACGCGGCUUGCCUCAGCUACAUGCUCGGGGAGACCCAGCACCCGGAGCUAGACCUGGACCCUGACCUCGGCGAGCUGCUUGACCCGAACGAGGGUAGCAGCCGCGCCGGCAGCGCCGGCGACGGUGGCGGCGGCAAGGUAGAUGAGAGUCCGGGGGGGGAGGACGGAGCUUCGGCGGCGGCGGCGGCGGCAAUGGCGGCGGAAGAAGGGGCAAAGGAAGGCGAUGACGGCGUCACCGUCGUAGUAUCGGACCGGGGAGUUGGAAGCAGCGGCGGCGAGGGGGGGCAAGGAAGCGUAAAAGGCGUCGUCGGCAAGAGGAAGCGCAUAGCGCGUGGUGGUGGUGUUGACGACGACGACACCACCCGGGGUGAUAGAGGCAGAAAUGAGCGGCAAGCCUCUGACGGUGUUGAGGGAGGACCUUCGCAAGGGCAAGGGCGCCGCCACCGCCGCCGUCGCCGCCGCCGCAGCAGCAGCGCCAACGAAGGCAGCGAAGGCAUGGAGGUUUUCGAUAUUUCGGCCUCGAGCGCGGGGUCGAACAGCGGGGACAAUGGCAUGGCGCUCUUGACGACGGCGCCACCACUUGAUUACGAAGGUCGGGGCGGCGGCGACAGCCACGAUGUUUUCGAUAUUACGGCCCUUAGCGAUGAGACGAACAGCGGGGACAAUGCUGCGGCGCCGUUGCCGGCGGCGGCGGUCGACUCUAACAUUCAUGGUGGUGGUGGUAGCAGUGGAUCUCGAUCGCGUGGGCGUGCUGCCGCUCCUCCUACUGCUGCUGUAAGGAAGCGUUGCAGGCCGUCUGGUAGUGAAUCGGCGGAGGUUGACGGUCGACCGGUGACCUCGGGCAAGGGGAAGGGCAAGACCGUAAAGGCAGGACGCAGCAGCAGCGGCGGCGGCGGCGGCGGCGGCGGCGGCCGUAGCGGUGUUGAUGGUCGCGGCGAUGGUGGUGGUCUUCAAGGAGCAUGCGCAAACGGACGGCGUGGCCUAGCAACGUCGGCAGCGGCGGUGGCGGAGGAGGACGGGGCGGUGGUGCUGACCAUGAGCGGCUCCACGAGCGAGACGUCGAAGCUGGCGGACUCGUUGGCGAAGCGCCUCGGGUGGCAAGUGGAGCCCAAGUACACGGAGGCCGUUACCCACGUCGUGUGCGGCACGGUGCCGAAGACCGCCAAGGCCAGGGUCCGAAGCGUCAAGUUCCUCAGGGCGGUGGCCGGCGGCAAGUGGGUCGUCACCGAGGCCUGGCUGCAGGAGUGCAGGCGACGGGGGUGCCGGGCGGAGGAAGAGGCGUUCGAGGUGACCGGGGACAAGAAGAGUCACGUCCCCUCCGCUCCGACACGGUCGAGGCUGGCCCACGCGGAUGUGGAUCGGCCGGGCCUCUUCCAGGGCAUCACGUUCCACUUCCGGGGGCAGUUCGGGACCACGGGGUCUCCCCCGCUCUCCGAUCUAGAGUCCAUGCUGCUCGCCAACGCCGGAAAGGUGGUGAGCACGCUCGGGUCCCUCUGCGGCGCGCGAUCGACCGCAGUCGGCUCCAGCAGCGGCGGCGGCGGCGGUGGCGGCAGCGGUGGGUGGCGGCCGCGAAGGGUGGUGAUCUUCCAGCCGUCCUCGCCCGACGAAGACCAGCGGGUGCUGGAGGAGAAAAAGCUGGCCGCCGCUCUCGCGGCAGAGACGGAGCUGUCGCGGCAGGGCUCAGAGAGCGCCCCCAGAGGCGGCGGUGGGUGUGGCCGGGACGACGGUGGGGUGGGGGUGGUGGUUGACGUCGUGAGGCCGAUCUGGCUGGUGGACAGCGUGGGGUGUUUUAGGGUCUUGAAGCCGGCCGUGCAUCAUCGGGUUCCGGGCUUUGGUCUAGAGUGAAGUGAGAAGGCCGGGGUGUAGGGCGUGUGUAGCUGCAUGAUGCAACCUGUUUUUGCGGCUGUGCCGGUGGUUGACCCUACCUCUUGCUGGCCUUGCUUUGGUUUUGGUCGGCGGCGUGUUCACCAUUUGCACACGGGUGUAUCCCGAUCCACGAAUGAUGACUGUUGCCAAAGAGUGCUUUCCGCGCAUGUGUCUGGUGCGCGUGCUUCUCAAUCUUCGGCUGUCUGCGGGUGUCUCGGAAGACCGCGGUUCGAUUGAUUGGUUUCUUUUCACAGGCCGGGCACUUCGAGCACACCGCACCCUGGUGUAUCGUCUUGGUCGCUUGCCCGGUUUUGGGUGCUUUGAGCUUACGUAGCGUUGUGUUUUCCCCGUAUUGCGCGACCGUUUGCAGCGAUUGAUUUCGGAUGAUCGAUUCGCUGUGCAGCU